GCCAGACAGAGAGACAGACAGAGACAGAGAGAGGUAGAGGAAUUAGAGGCAUCAGCUCAAAUCCUCCCCAUCGCCUCUCCAGCUCAGGAAAGCGAGUGAGUGGAUAAACUGAGCAAAGAAAGAGAAGCAAAAUAAGGACUUUCUUCUUCUCUGCCUGGUGGGCAGGCAGCUGUAUGGUUGGGGACUGGGGCGUGGAGAGAGAGAACAGGAAUCAGACUGGCUUUUGUGAAUGAGAGAAGACACAACUAAGGUGCUGGAGCAGGAGAUACCCGCCUCGAUGGAGGAGAGAGGGAUGGAGGAAGUGAAACCGUCAGCAGUAGAAGACAAAGCAGCAGCAGAGGAAGCUGUGGAGGAGAGAGUAGCUCAGGAGAAGACAGAGGACAGCACAGCGCAGAAUAAAGAGACGGAGGAGAGAGAAAUGGAGAGAGAAGUACAUGUAGAGAGAGAGAUGGAGGGAGAGGUAGAGGUAGAGGUCGUGACCCCUUGCCCUACAGAGAGCCAUGGUCUCCAGGGAACCAUUAAAGGUCAUGACCUCUUCGGCUACGUGGGCAUCGAAGCUGUUCUGGACCAGAUGAGACGCAAGACCAUGAAGGCUGGCUUCGAGUUCAACAUCAUGGUCGUGGGUCAGAGUGGACUAGGGAAAUCCACCCUGGUCAACACUCUGUUCAAGUCUAAAGUCAGCCGCAAGUCCUGCAGCCCAAACUACGAAGAGAAGAUCUCCAAGACUGUCAAACUGCAGUCCGUCAGCCAUGUGAUAGAGGAGAAGGGAGUGAAGAUGAAGCUCACAGUGAUUGACACGCCAGGAUUUGGAGACCAGAUAAACAACGAAAACUGUUGGGAGCCUAUAGUGAGUUAUGUUAAUGAGCAGUAUGAGAGGUACCUGAAAGAAGAGCUGUACGUCAACAGGAAGCCGAGGAUCCCUGACACACGCGUCCACUGCUGUGUCUACUUCCUGCCUGCCACCGGACACUGGUUACGUCCCAUAGACGUGGAGUUCAUGAAGAGGCUGGGGAAGAUAGUCAGCAUCGUACCGAUCAUCGCUAAGGCAGAUACACUCACCAUGGAGGAGAGACAAGAGUUUAAACAGAGGAUAAGACAGGACCUGAAGGCCAAUGGGAUCCGAGUCUACCCUCAGACGGAGUACGACGAAGAUCCAGAGGACAGGAUACUCAACGACAAGAUCAGGGAAAACAUUCCGUUUGCGGUGGUGGGGACAGACAAGGAGCACCAGGUAAACGGGAACAAGGUCCUGGGCAGGAAAACCAAAUGGGGCAUCAUAGAGGUUGAAAACGUGGCACAUUGUGAGUUUACCAACUUGAGAGAUCUGCUGAUUAGGUGAGUUCCAGUUACACAUACAACCACUCACCCCCACAUGUAUGUACACACGCA